AUGCCGCACAGCCACCACUCGCACUCUGGCCAAUUCUGCAAACAUGCCGUCGGUGCUUUGCAGGAUGUCGUUCGAGAGGCUAUCAACCAGGGCUUUGAAACAUAUGGCUUGACAGAGCAUGUACCCCGUUACAGGCCCCAGGACCUUUACCCAGAGGAGUCUGAGCUGUCCAUCGAGAGCCUCUCGGAUCAGUUUGAUGCGUAUCUUGCAGAAGCACACCGUUUAAAGUCGCUGUAUUCGUCUCAAAUCACCCUCCUUGUUGGUCUUGAGACGGAAUACAUAACUCCCGUCGACCUUGAUCAGCUAUUAAAGCUCAUAGACCGCAACCAAGGUCAAGUAGAAUAUCUCAUCGGCUCCGUACACCAUGUCAACGGCAUUCCCAUCGAUUUUGACCUCGAAACAUAUCAGCGCUGCAUCGCGACCAUCCCUCUUUCUCUCGAUAGCGAGGGUGUUGAUGAAACCAAUCUCGAGCAUAAGCGCCAAUGUGCAUUCCUGGAAAUGUACUUCGACGCCCAACACGAACUCAUGCAGCGGGUUCACCCUGAAAUCAUCGGCCACAUCGAUCUCUGCCGACUUUACUCCCCCGCACUCCGCCUUCACGACUAUACACGCGCUUGGGCAAGAUUAGAGCGAAACGUCAAAUAUGCUGUGAGCUAUGGAGCAUUGUUCGAGGCCAAUGCCGCGGCUUUCAGGAAGGGAUGGGAUGGGGCAUAUCCCGGCGAAGACGUAGUUGAGCUCAUUCGACGAUGUGGAGGUCGCUUUUCCCUUUCGGACGACAGCCAUGGUCCACAUGCUGUCGGACUGAACUAUGGACGAUUGCGAAACUACUUGCGUCGUGUCGGUGUCCACGAGUUAUGGGUGCUGGAAAGAACGGGGGUGCCCAACGCGGCGGGCAGGCCUGUGAAAGCUGUGAGAGUAGAAGGUCGCUGGUGGGAACACGUCUUCUGGGAGGGCAAGGACUCAGGUGACGAGGGGCAAGUCUACAGAUGA